CGUUGUUCGCCUUCGCCAAAAGCGAUUCGAAAUUAAUUAAAUUAACAAUAACAAAAGCAGAUUUAUCAGUGUUAAAUCGAUAAAUACACUGGAACAUAUCAGACGUGUUUUCAUCUGAACUCAAACUCUGGUCCUCCACAUCCUCUACCGACAUUAAUGAUUUUUUCUCACCAUUGUCAUCUUGAUCCGUGGUGUGAUCGGGCCCGCUAUGAGGACAUCAGUCAAACACUCAUCCAUUAACUCGGAGAGAUCAAGACACACUCCAUCUCCCAGGAACCGUUCAACCGGCGGAUAUCGUGAUCUCUGCGGCAGUGACAGUCUCCACCCACCGGCGCCUGAGCACCAGCACCGAGUCCUCAGUUUACCACACUACGAGUUUAUUCCAGGAACACUAGAAACAAAACAGCAUCUAUAUCAAUAAACACUGUGUGAAGCAACACAACACUGAUACAUGUUGCCUAGGUUCACGUUUAAAGAAACUAAACGCACUUGACUUCAUCCUCCACGACGACAGAUGGUGCUAAAAUCAACAUGCUUCCAUCGCGCUACAACCUCUGAACAAGAGCUGAGAAGUAAAAGUGUUUUAAAAGACACAAGUUGUACGCUGCUGUCAUUUUAUACUACUGUGUAUGACAUACAUUUCACCUGAAUGUUCACUUUUACGAAAGCUACACAAGCAGUGCUCGGAAAAGGACGGCAGUGUGCUGCACUGACGGCACUCAAUGGAGCGCGAGCGCUGCGUCGAGGAGUCGCGUCCUCCGCGCGAGAUGAGGAAUCCAGCUCUUCUCAAAACGAGCCCUUUGACGUUAUAAUAUCGGGAGGGGGAAUGGUGGGCACCGCUAUGGCGUGUUCUUUGGGUCUAGAUCCAAAUUUGGCAGGGAAAAAGAUUCUUCUGCUGGAAGCUGGUCACAAAAAAGAAAUGGACAGGGUUCCAGAGACCUACAGUACAAGGGUCAGCUCCAUCAGCCCAGGCUCAGCAACGCUUCUUAGUGGUCUUGGUGCUUGGGACCAUAUUGUAAAUAUGAGAUGCAAGCCAUAUAAUAAAAUGCAGGUUUGGGAUGCUUGUUCAGAUGCCCUGAUUACAUUUGAUAAGGAGAAUCUGCAGGACGAGAUGGCGUACAUCGUUGAGAACGACAUCAUUGUGGCCGCCCUCACCAAACAGCUGCAGACUCUUUCUGACCAUGUUGAAGUGCAGUACCGAACAAAAGUGGUGAAGUACACCUGGCCCCAUCCUUACCAUGUCUCUGAGGCCAUCCCUUGGGUUCAAGUGACUCUAGCUAAUGGAAAGACUCUCCACACCAAGCUGUUGAUUGGCGCUGAUGGGCCAAACUCAAUGGUGCGGAGAGAGGCUGGCAUCCCAACAGUCAAAUGGAAUUACAAUCAAUCAGCAGUCGUCGCUGUUCUGCAUUUGUCUGAGCCCACAGAAAACAACGUAGCCUGGCAGAGGUUCCUACCAACAGGACCCAUUGCAAUGCUUCCUUUGUCAGACACGGAGAGCUCGCUGGUCUGGUCCACCAGUCAUCAGCAUGCUGAAGAACUUCUACAGCUGGAUGAAGAGAGCUUUGUAGAUGCCAUUAACUCUGCAUUUUGGAGUAAUGAGAACCAUUCUGAGCUGGUGGAGACUGCCGGCUCUCUGUUUCGGGUGGCCCUUUCUGUCCUGAUGCCUGACAGUGGCUCUGCACGUCAGCUUCCACCUAGCGUUGCAGGUAUUGGCCCAAAGAGCCGGGUCAUGUUCCCGUUAGGCAUGGGCCAUGCCACAGAAUACAUCCGCCACAGAGUUGCCAUCAUUGGAGAUGCUGCACACAGAGUCCAUCCUUUAGCAGGCCAAGGUGCCAAUCUGGGCUUUGGCGAUGUGGCCUAUCUCACAAAAGUUCUUAGCCAAGCAGCAUUUAAUGGAAAAGACCUUGGAGCCAUGCAGCACUUGUUGGAGUUCGAGACUGAACGUCAGCGACACAAUCUUCCUAUGAUGGCAGCCGUUGACCUCAUGAAGAGACUGUACUCCACUAAUGCCGCCCCUAUGGUUCUAUUGAGAACCUUCGGCCUGCAGGCUACCAACGCACUGCCUCCACUUAAAGAGCAGAUCAUGGCCUAUGCCAGCAAGUAAAACACUAGCUGCAUACUGGAUGUUUGCUGGACCUCUAAUGUUAGAAGAUUUUGUUCCUGGAAUGUAUAAGUGUAAAUUAAUAAAUUAUAUUUUAUUCCUCUGAAUUCGUAGGAAAACAUUUUUAUGCCAUAUUUUCCAAUCACCCAUAUUAAGAUGUAACUACUACUCUGCCGCCUUUACUAAUAGAACGUAAAUGUGCAUGUGUACCAAACAUUUUUACAUUUCCAGAAAAACAUCACAUUUCAUAAAUCUAUAUAUUGAUUUAUAUUUCAUAAAUAAUAAAUCUAUAUGGUUGUAACUUC